ACAGAAGGGUGGGGAAAUAUAAAUAAAAGCCAAGAUGCAUAACUGACCACUCCUUAACAUUCUUUUAUGUUAUCGGUGUUUGAUACAGUAAAUGAUAUUGCGUAUGCUUUGUGUGUGCAGGUAUUGCCUUUUAUUGUCCUGGGUGAACCCCUGAUGAAGCUGUGCUAGCGGCAUAUGCAUGGGGACUCUUCCACAGCUCUCUUAGUAUGAUCACCGUGUUUUCUGAAGAAUUAUGUUGACAAAAUCUAUCAGCGAGAUAUAGGACAUCUUCAAAUUCUGCAGAAAUGAGUGGAAAAUCUUUACUGCUCAAAGUCAUAUUAUUGGGGGAUGGUGGCGUUGGAAAAAGCUCCCUUAUGAAUCGAUAUGUAACUAACAAGUUUGACUCUCAAGCAUUUCACACAAUUGGAGUUGAGUUUCUUAAUCGGGACCUUGAAGUUGACGGCAGGUUGGUGACUCUGCAGAUAUGGGACACAGCUGGUCAAGAACGCUUUAAGAGUCUUCGCACUCCCUUCUACAGAGGAGCUGACUGCUGUCUACUUACAUUUAGCGUGGACGACAGACAGAGUUUUCAUAAUCUCAGUAACUGGAGAAAGGAAUUCACAUUUUAUGCAGAUGUUAAAGAACCUGAACAUUUUCCUUUUGUUGUUUUAGGCAACAAACUUGACAAGAAUGAAAGAGAAGUUAGCACAGCUGAAGCACAAGCAUGGUGCAGUGAAAAUGGGGGCUACCCCUACCUAGAAACAAGUGCAAAGGAUGACACAAAUGUUACUGGUGCAUUUGAAGAAGCAGUAAGACAAGUUUUGGCCAUGGAAGAACACAUGGACCAUACAGUGUUUGGGCAUACUGUAGACCUUCAUAGUGAUGACCAUUCAAGGUCACUGUGCUGCUAAAAGAAGUGCAUUGCAGUUGGCAAGUCAGAAAUCUGUCAGAACACAGAAACUGGUAGUAGGAAAUCAGAGUACUGCUUAAAAAAUAGGAGUAAAGGUUCUUAGAAUUGAUGGUGUUUAAAGGACUGUAAAUCAGUGUUGGCACAAAAAGGUUGGAUAUUCUUAUUCUACGGCUACUUUCACACUCGCGUUUUGGCGGAUCCAUCAUGGAUCUUCAAAAACGGAUCUGUUACAAUAAUACAACCGCAUGAAUUCGUCAUGAACGGAUCCGUUUGUAUUAUCUGUAACAUA